AUGUGUUUCCCAAGCAAAAAACAGAAAGACAAUUUCGCCGACAACAACAAAGAUUCCAAAUCGAAAUCUGAAUCCAAGACCAAAUCUAGUAGCGGAGAGAAAGCCGAGCCUACAAAAGCCCCAGCUCCUGAAGCGGCUCCAGCUCAAUCAUCCUCUCCCGAACCUCCUACAGCACAACCUCAGACUGAAACCGCUCCCAAAAUGUCCACACCCAAAGUCGCGAUUGUCAUCUACACAAUGUACGGACACAUUGCUAAACUCGCUGAAGCAGAGAAGGCCGGUAUCGAAAAGGCUGGGGGAAAGGCGGACAUCUAUCAAGUCGCGGAGACCCUCUCUCAAGAGAUCCUGACAAAGAUGUAUGCUCCUGCCAAACCUGAUUAUCCCAUUGUGACCCCCGACAUCCUGGCCGGCUACGACGCGUUCCUCCUCGGUGUUCCCACUCGUUACGGAAAUAUGCCCGCCCAAUGGAAGGCGUUCUGGGACUCCACAGGCCAGCUCUGGGCAGGGGGUAAACUCGCUGGGAAAUAUGCCGGGUUCUUUGUCUCCACUGCUGGACUUGGAGGAGGGCAGGAAUCGACGGUUCUCGCGUCUCUGUCCACGUUGGCGCACCAUGGCAUCCUCUAUGUUCCUUUCGGUUACUCGCAUGCGUUCGGCCAAUUAACCAACCUGGAUGAGGUUCAUGGAGGCUCCCCCUGGGGUGCUGGAACAUUCGCUUCGUCCAAUGGCUCUCGACAACCAUCCCAGCUUGAGCUCGAAAUCGCCACUACCCAGGGAGAAGCGUUCUUCAACACCGUGAAGAAAGUCAGCUUUUAA